UAGAAUAAUUUCCAAGACGUUGGUUAAAGGACUGAAUCUAAUGUCUUUUCAUGCAUUCUAACUGGAAGGAACGGACACCACAUCAAUUUUYCCACAAUGAAGGAGACUUGGCGGAAARUUUUGAGUAUUUUCCUUGUYACUUUUGUCGGAAUUUACGCCACAGUACAGAAAAGUCCYACGGUACCUCCAACCYUACGACCUACGAAUGCUUCAACGAACAUCUCUCGAUCGAAUGCUACUACUCCCAUUCCAACAACCCCUGCUCCUACAACUUUAAAACCUACAGAACCKCCAGAGGAGAAAGUAGAAUCACCUGAGGUUGAACAGCACAGUUCUUUAACAAUCUUUUUUAUUUUAUUAGUUAUAGCAUUAUGUAUUCUUGUAACACACUUUUUAAUCAAGACAAAGUUUCAUUACUUACCAGAAAGUGUUGCAGUCGUGUUUUUGGGUGCGUUAAUUGGUCUUGUUAUGAAAGCGCUGCGUCACUUCUCUCUUGGGGAUUGGCAGAGAGAGGAGCAUUUUAAUCCAACUGCAUUCUUUUUGAUAUUACUGCCACCUAUUAUAUUUGAGUCAGGGUAUUCUUUACAUAAGGGUAAUUUCUUUUCCAAUAUUGGUUCUAUUGUGAUUUAUGCUGUAUUUGGUACUGCUAUAUCUGCUCUAGUCAUUGGAGGAGGGAUCUAUUUAUUGGGAAAGGGGGGAAUUGCUUUUCAACUUGGUCUAAGAGAAAGUUUUGCGUUUGGUUCUCUGAUAUCUGCUGUGGAUCCAGUGGCUACUCUUGCUAUUUUCCAUGCGUUGGAUGUUGAUCCAACACUCAACAUGUUGGUGUUUGGUGAAAGUAUUCUUAAUGAUGCAGUCUCUAUUGUCAUGACAAAGUAAGUCACCACCAUGCUGUGUGCAAAAGCAUCAUCACUAGUGGCCACAAUCUUAUGCAUUGCGCUGUAGUAUUUACUUGYAAUUCUGUUGUUUACCUUAAUGAUGUUUCACCUGCUUAAGCAUGUUGAUCUACGCAGCACUCCAUCGUUGGAGUUGGCAACCAUGCUAAUAUUUUCAUAUAUACCUUAUGGGCUGGCAGAAGGAAUUAAACUGUCAGGUAUUAUGGCCAUAUUAUUUUGUGGUAUAUGUAUGUCACACUACACCCAUUUCAACUUGUCACCCAUGACACAGAUAACAGUGCAGCAGAUUUUAAGAACAGCAUCGUUUAUGGCAGAAACUUGUGUGUUUGCUUAUUUGGGCAUGGCAAUAUUCAGCUUUAAACAUSAGUUCAAGCCAGCUUUUGUUAUUUGGAGUAUCAUGCUUUGUCUAAUCGGGCGUGCUAUUAAUAUCUACCCACUGUCAGCGCUUGUCAAUCAAUUCAGAGACACUAAAAUUGAUAGGAAAACGCAGUUUGUUAUGUGGUUCAGCGGUUUGCGAGGUGCGGUUGCUUUUGCUUUGGUGCUACAUCUCCAACUUGAUGACGAAAAACGAAAUGUUUUGAUCACAUCGACCUUGAUAAUCGUUUUGUUUACYAUUUUGUGUCUUGGCGGCUCAACUCUUCCACUACUAAAGUUUCUAAAGGUUGAGAAUGAGAAAGGACUGACGAUGAGUAAGACUGAGACCGAGGGGACGGCGCUGGAUGCUGAUAAACUUACAGACGAUGAAUGGAGGAUUCCAAGAAGGACAAGGAAAGGUUUCACCAAACUUGAUGCAAAAUACUUUCUUCCUUUCUUUACAAGAAAGUUUACCCGUCAGGAAGUACGAGACUCCCAUAAUGAGAUGCAGCGACUUACAAGCAACUUGUACAAUGAGGUGUAUAGUCGACCAAACUCAGAUGAUGAAAAUGAGAGCAAAUUGUAAAUACGACAAAACAAUCAACAUUUAUAAUAACAAGUUAUUUACAAUAACAAGGUUUUAAAACAUUUGGACACGAUGACGAUGAAAGAAAGAAAAAAUAAAUUCAACUCAAGAUGAUUUUUACAGCUAAAUAGUAAAGGCAGUUACAAUUGCAAGAAGAUGUACAACACUGUCGAGUUAGAAGUCAAAUUMGAAAGGAAUAUGGAGUCAAUAUGGGAGGUUGUUGAAAUAGGAGCAAUAGGGAAACGAUGAAAUCGCGAAUUUGGAAUUUUCAUAUGGACGCAAGAAGGCUGGAAGUACGGCUAAACAGAAGUCCAAUUACUGUAGAAAGAAAUUUGAGAUAAAAUGGGAAGUUACUGAAAUGCAUAGGAAAAAUGAACUUACUUACAAUAUGUUGCAAAUGUGGACUCCAGAAGGUGUGCGUGACAUCGUUGGAUCUGCCAUSGCAGUGCGUGAUCGACUUAGAAAGAAAUUUAAACCAAAACUGGGAAGUUGUUGAAAUAGGAAAAUAAACGAACUUGCUAAUAAUGAAGUUGAAAAGGGGACCUUUGUUGAUGCCAAAAAGAUGGAUCAUUUUGUUAAACUGUUGCAUCUUCACGGCUCAAUUAGAAUGGAAUUUGAAAUGUGGUAAAAGUGAUUUCCGACAAAAGACGUUUUAAAAUGGAUAGCAAACUGGGAACGUGAUUUUGAAUCGAAAAUGAUUAAGUGGGUAAUUUGGAAAACAAACUUAAAACUGCUUAAGAUGGAUUCAAGUGAUAUUCUACAGAGUUGAAGACGAAGUGCAGCCAAUAACGCUGGGAAAUUAUGGAAUGAAUUGUAAACAGAAUCUAAAUUUGAAAAUUUCAAUUAUAAAACUCUGGUUUCAAGGUGGUUGACAAGGUUUGAGUGUUUGGAAAGAAGCUCAAAAGGAAGGCGAGAAAAACUAACAUGUGUUCCAUGAACGAUGAAAUGUUUUGCUGUCGCGUGGCAAAGAUAUUUUGAAAAGGCAUCAGCAAUGGAUAGAUUAGAAAGGACUGCGAAAUACUAAGAAGAAUUGAAUUGUAAAACUUGUGGCCAUACCGGUGGUACGUCAAAACUGUAGAGCUUAUCAAGAGCUUACCUUGGUUUGCGUCUCUUAAACCUAAARCCUUAAUCUGCAAUUCUUAGUAAACUACGGACAGUCAAAACCAUUGGCAUAGCUUUGAAGUCAACUGGCAUUAAGACCCAAGAUCUUUUGAUUUAUGGCUGUCAGUUUCUGUUCUCAUAUUAAGUGUGCAUGGCGACUUUUGACUGCAUUGUACACAAUGGUAACUUUAAAGGGACAUGGUCCACCAGCAUCUAUUUCGGGCUUUUUUUAUGUAUGAAAAUAAAAAUACAUCAUAAUAUAAACAAAAUGUUACUGUUUAUUUCCCCUUUAUGCUCUAUGAAUGGAGAUUUUGUAAAGUUCCACCUAAAAACUGACCGCGGAUGGAAUCGGAUUGAGAGUCGCCUCAUUUUCCAUCUAUGAAAAGUCUAAACCGUCUAAACCACGAYUACAUUGAAUUCUCGAGGGCCAUGGAAAUAAGAACUCUUCUUAUGCUACUUCUAAAUAUGACAUAUAUAGCAUACAUAAAUACUGAGAUCAUUCAAAAGGUUUUAAUGUUGAAAUUUCUAUACAAACGUUGAAUUUCUUAGAAAUAUUCUAUAUUUAUUUAAAAACGACAUUUUACUCGAAAACAUAUCUGUACAAUAUGUAAAAUCRUCCAUGUUUAGGCUGUGGUCUGCUUUUUUAGGUAAAGCUAUAAUUAUUAGUAUAAUGCAAUGCUAAUGUACAAAAUUAUGUUAUUAAUAAACAUUUGUAAUGUGAAUA